AUGCCGAAAACCAAGGUGAUUCGUUUGGGCGAGGCGCUAAAUGUCGAUUCACCUGAUCCCAUCAAGCACUGUCUUUUACUCAAUGAUGACGAAUUUGACUGGGACCUUAUCACUCUUUGUGUGGCUUUCAUCUACAUUAUACUUGGAAUUUGUUGCUGCCUUAUUCAGAUGGUCUCCAUCGUUCAGUCAAACGUUGUGCAGUGCUACGGUGUCGGGUUGUGGUGUUGCUCAUCAUUCAUUGUUGCAGCUGUGUUGGCGAUUUCCCUAUACAUGGAAGAACGAGUCCCACCUGUGACUCUUAUGCUCAUCUCCAUCAUUUGUGACUUGUUUUUCGGAGCGGCGAUUUCCAUCACCGGAAGCGUUAUUGCUGGGCGCUGUCUGAUCACCCAUCCCACUUUCUUGAUAACCCUACUGUGCUGCGUGCUCGGUGUAUUGGUAGCGCUAGCGCAUGCUUGGUUGUUUAUUCGAGAGGUGCUAAAGUUGCGAUUCCAGCUGCUCCGGCGCAACUCGUCCGAGACUGGAGGUGGUUUGUGA